AUGGUACAGUAUCUCUACUCUACGCACUCAACAAAGCAAAACGUGGAGUCUGCAUCUUGCAAGUCACUUUGUCGCACACUCGCGUCUUGGCCUUGGCAUCUACUCUGCCGUCUGUACCAGGACGGCUGCAUCUCUGGUGGCAGGUCCGAGCGCGCAGAGAGGUUGUAUUCCUCGCUUCCACCCUCCUUGCAUGACAGAAUUGCCCAAAUAUGUCGCAGUCCAGUGCAAUGA